AUGCUUCUAAAAUUAAUAUUUAAUAAUUUGAGAAUUGAUAAUUACCUUUCCUUGAUAGGUACCUUGUUAAUUACAUAUGUGGUACACUUUUAUUAUAAAUAUUUUACUCGCGUCAACCCUUUACCUGGUCCUUUUCCACUCCCAUUCGUUGGAAAUUUGCUUCCAUUAGUAUGGCAUGGUGGAAGUCUCAAAAAGUAUUUAGAUAUAAAUCAUAAAAAAUAUGGUGAUAUAAUCGAUGUUUAUUUACCACUACGAAGUAUAAGUCUAGGACGAGCAGAAUAUCUUGAACCAUUUUUAGUCCCUUCAACAAAAAACUUAAAAAUUAUGAGAACUCCUCGUGCCGAUGUCUUUGAUGAUUUAGGAAUAACCGGAAAAGGAAUAGUGGUGAAUCAACAUUACAAACCAUGGAGAUAUAAUCGUCAAUUUUUUACACAAGCUUUUUUAGCUCCAAAAUUUAAUCAAAGAGCUAUUGAAUGGACAAAUAUAUUAUUUAAUGAAUUGGAAAAUUAUUGGGACAAAUUAUAUCUUAAAGAAGAAAUUAUCAAAGAGAAUAAAAAUGUAUUGGACUUCUUUUCAUGGUUUAAUCAAUUUACAAAUGAUAUGAUUAUUGAAUUAAUAACUGGUGAAAGAUCUUAUUCAAUGGCAGGACUUUUUAAUAAUCUCAGUGAAGAAAAAGCCGAACAUCCGUUAGCAAUUGUUGAAGAUUCCGUAAAAUUAGUUAGUGCACUUCGUAAAUAUAAUACGAGGCUUCCAUGGUUUGAAUUGGUUCCUCCUAUCUUACGACAUUACGUUCCAUAUUUUAAAAGUAUAUCAGAUGAUUCAAUUCAAAAUGUAAAAUAUAUUACAAAAAGACUGAAUUCAAUUAUUAAAAGACGAAGAAAAGAAAUUGAAAAUACACCAUUAGAUAAACCUUUACCCAGUGAUAUGUUAACAUCGGUGAUUACAGCGAGUACACCUCGUGAUUUUAAUAGAGAAAAAACCAUUGGUGGUGAACUUCUGAAACCCAUGACUAAUGAAGACAUUAGUUUUAUUAUGAUUGACGGAUUUCUUGCUGGAACUGAUACAACCGCGAACAUGAUUUCAUUCAUUACCUAUUAUCUUGCACAUAAUCCAGAUGUGAAAAUGAAAAUGUAUGAAGAAAUUGAUAGAAGAUUUCAAGGUGAUAUAACGAGAUGGGUUACUGAAGAUGAUCUUCGUAGCUUAAAAUACUGUGAAGCGAUUAUAAAAGAAGUUGCUCGCGUUUUCCCAAUUUUUCAUGCAUUCGGAAGAGUUAUUGAUAAACCUGAAGAAGUAGCAGGAUAUCAAUGGCCAGCUGGUAGCUAUUUUCGAAUUAAUGCUGAUGCCGUUCAUGGAAAUAAAAAUCAUUGGAAAGAUGCCGAUAAAUUUAACCCUGAUAGAUGGAUGGAUGAAGAAUUUGAACCAGAGAAAUAUUCUUUCAUAAUGUUUGGUGGAGGACCAAGAUUAUGCCCAGGAAGAAAGUUAGCAAUGAUAGAAUUGGUUGGUUUGAUGGCUUUAAUAUUUAGAAAAUAUGAAAUAGAUUUAGUAGAUAUAGAAUCUCCUUUAAAAACUACAUCUCUCGGCAUGAGCGUAUUACAUGGAUUAUCAGUUAAAGUUAAACUAAGAAUUUAA